CACUCCAUUAACAAAGUGAAUUAGUUAGUUAAAGAUGAGCAUCACCGUGAACGGGCAGUCCUGCGUGCCGCCCGGAUUCCGCUUCCAUCCCACAGAGGAGGAGCUCCUCAAUUACUACCUCAGAAAGAAGGUGUCGUGUGAGAAGAUCGACCUCGAUGUCAUCCGCGACAUCGACCUCAACAAGCUCGAGCCUUGGGACAUUCAAGAGGAGUGCAAGAUUGGAACGACGCCGCAGAACGACUGGUACUUCUUCAGCCACAAGGACAAGAAGUAUCCGACCGGGACGCGGACCAAUAGAGCCACGGCGGCCGGAUUCUGGAAGGCUACAGGACGCGACAAGGUCAUCUACGCCGGCGUCGGCCGGAUCGGGAUGAGGAAGACGUUGGUGUUCUACAAAGGCCGCGCCCCUCACGGCCAGAAGUCCGAGUGGAUCAUGCACGAAUACAGACUCGACGAUCAUUUGAUCAGCACGGCGUCUGGAGAACUGGCGGCAAACCAAGAAGACGGUUGGGUGAUCUGUCGAGUGUUCAAGAAGAAGAUCGUCGGCAGCGGCGGUGGUGUCCAGCAGAAGAGCUUCGACGGCGAUAUCAGCGAUGGCGCACUGCGACAGAUCCUCCACCACGUGGGCAGAUCCUGCAAGGAAGAGUCGUCGACGACGACGAGCGCAGCCAUGAAGCUUCCGGCUUGGCAGAGUCCGACUCAGGCGGCGACGACCCUUCCGUGGCUAAUCCCUGACGAUGACUGCGCCAGCCAUCAAAUGGUUCAUGAGGCUGAGCCUCCGGCCGGCAUCGCCAACUACAGCGCCGGCGACGGCGGAUGGUCUGCUCUCGACCGGUUCAUUGCGUCGGAACUGGAUCACGUUAGCCAAAUCCCUCAUUUCGACCAGGACACUGCUGGUUUAAGUGCUUUGCUGUGCUCGCCUCCUCCAGGCUUCUUCGCCAUGGAUUACCACCAGCUUCAGAUUGGCGACGUGUCACUGCAAAAUUAAGCGAUAGAUACUGGGAACAGAGUGAGUUUUGUUAGUUGGAGUGGCGUUGUCAGAGAGCCUUAAUCACGUAGCGUUUGUUACCCACCGUUACAUAAUGGAUAU